GGCUCUGCGGGCGCUGGGCAGCUGCAGCGGGCGGCCGGGGCUGCGCGCUCGGGACGCGCGGAAUGUGAGGCGCGGCGAGCCGCUGCGCACCGACGCUCGCGCGCGCGAAGGGCGGCGACCCCUCACAGACGGUCGGCCGCGCCCCGCGCUCCGCUGCGCGCCGCGCGGGUCGGGCUCUCGCCCCUCGCGCGCCCUCGUGCCCUCCUGGUGCCCUCCAGCGCGCCGGCGGGACCAUGAAGAAGUUCUCUCGGAUGCCCAAGUCGGAGGGCAGCGGCGGCGGGGCGGCGGCUGGAGGGGCCGCGGGCUCCGGGCUCGGCGGCGGCUUCGGAAGCUCGUCCAUGGGGGUCCGGGUGUUCGCCGUCGGCCGCUAUCAGGUCACCCUGGAGGAGUCGCUGGCCGAAGGCGGCUUCUCCACUGUUUUCCUGGUGCGGACUCACAGUGGGAUCCGAUGCGCACUGAAGCGAAUGUACGUCAAUAACACACCUGACCUCAACAUCUGUAAAAGGGAAAUCACAAUUAUGAAAGAGCUAUCUGGCCACAAAAAUAUUGUUGGUUAUUUGGACUGUGCUGUCAAUUCAAUUAGUGAUAAUGUAUGGGAAGUGCUCAUCCUAAUGGAAUAUUGUCGAGCUGGGCAGGUCGUGAACCAGAUGAAUAAGAAGCUGCAGACAGGCUUUACCGAGUCUGAAGUCCUACAGAUCUUCUGUGACACCUGUGAAGCAGUCGCACGGUUGCAUCAAUGUAAGACUCCCAUAAUCCACCGGGAUCUGAAGGUAGAAAAUAUUUUGUUAAAUGAUGCUGGGAAUUACGUGCUUUGUGACUUUGGCAGUGCCACUAAUAAAUUUCUCAAUCCUCAAAAAGAUGGAGUUAAUGUAGUAGAAGAAGAAAUUAAAAAAUACACGACUCUGUCAUAUAGAGCCCCAGAAAUGAUCAACCUUUAUGGAGGGAAACCGAUCACCACCAAGGCUGAUAUCUGGGCCCUGGGAUGUUUGCUGUAUAAACUUUGUUUCUUCGCUCUUCCUUUUGGUGAGAGUCAGGUUGCUAUCUGUGACGGCAGCUUCACCAUCCCAGAUAAUUCUCGCUACUCCCAUAACGUUCAUUGUUUGAUUAGGUUCAUGCUUGAACCAGACCCCGAGCACAGACCUGACAUAUUUCAAGUCUCCUACUUUGCAUUUAAAUUUGCCAAAAAGGAUUGUCCGGUCUCCAACAUCAAUAAUUCCAUUCUUCCAUCAACUCUUCCAGAACCGAUGACUGCUACCGAAGCCGCUGCUAGGAAAAGCCAGAUGAAAGCCAGAAUAACAGAUACCAUUGGACCAACAGAAACCUCAAUUGCACCAAGACAAAGACCAAAGGCCAAUUCCACCGCUGCCAUUUCCAGUGUGCUGACCAUUCAGAGUUCAGCAACGCCGGUUAAAGUCCCUGCUCCUGGGGAAUUCAGUAACCACAAACCCAAAGGAGCACUGAGACCUGGAAAUGGGUCUGACAUCUUAAUGGUUCAGGGACCCACUCAGCAGCCACCACAGCAGCAUAGAGUUCUCCAGCAAUUACAGCAGGGAGAUUGGAGAUUACAGCAGCUUCAUUUGCAUCGUCAUCCCCAGCAGCAGCAGCAGCAGCAGCAGCAGCAGCAGCAGCAGCAACAGCAGCAACAGCAGCAGCAGCAACUACUUCAAAACGCUUAUUUGCAGCAGUAUCAACAUGCAAUGCACCAGCAACAAAUACUUCAACAACAGUUUUUAAUGCACUCAGUGUAUCAGCCACAACCUCUUGCAUCUCAGUAUCCGACCAUGAUGCAGCAGUAUCAGCAGGCUCUCUUGCAGCAGCAGAUGCUAGCUCACCAUCAGCAGCCAGCGCAGCAGGUGUCACCUGAGUAUCUUACCUCUCCUCAAGAGUUCUCACCAGCCUUAGCUCCCUACGGCUCUUCACUUCCAGCUCAGGUUGGAACCAUAGUGGACUCCUCUUAUGGUGCCACCAGCAGGUCAGUCGCUGAGAAAGAGGCAGUUGCAAAUUUCACAAAUCAGAAGACCAUCAGUCACCCCCCUGACAUGUCAGGGUGGAAUCCUUUUGGAGAAGACAAUUUUUCCAAGUUAACAGAAGAGGAACUGUUGGACAGAGAAUUUGACCUCCUAAGAUCAAACAGGCUCGGGGAGAGCACACCCUCAGAUAAGAAUGUAGACCCGCCCCCUGCUCCACAUAGCCGUCCUCCGGAGGAGCCUUUUGCUUCCGUCCCUUUCAUUUCUCACUCAGGUUCUCCUGAAAAGAAAACGGAACAUUCUCCAAACCAGAAAAAUAUCACUGCACACCCAACCAAAAAUGGAAGCUCAAGUCCGAUAUGUAAAGCUGGACAGAAAACCUCAGAGAAUCCUGUAGUUAGGGGUCACGCACAGAAGGGAAAUGACGAGUCUGAAAGUGAAUUUGAAUCAGACCCCCCUUCUCCCAAGAGCAGUGAAGAAGAACAAGAGGAUGAAGACGCACAGGGAGAACACGGGGACUUUAAUGAUGAGGACACUGAGCCAGAGAACCUGGGUCACAGGCCUCUGCUCAUGGACUCCGAAGAUGAGGAGGAGGACGACAAACACAGCUCUGACUCGGAGUGUGAACAGGCAAAAGCCAAGGGAGGAGAAUCGAGCUCCUUGCGCAGAAACAAACCUGGUGGUGCCCCGGAGCCUGCCAGUUCACCCGCGCUGACUCCCAGUCAGGAGUUCGAUGUGUUCGGUGCUGUUCCCUUCUUUGCAGUGCCUGCUCCAGAGCUGCAGCACAGAGGGAGUGGGAAGAGCGUCUCCCAGCAGAUGUUUCCAGAGCAGGAGGAAUAUGACGUGUUCACAAAGGCACCCUUCAGCAAGAAGGUCACCGUACAGGACUGGCCCGCCGUGCGGCCAGACACUCGCCCCCUGCCUGCACGACCCAGAAGUGUAGACAUAUUUGGCUCCACUCCCUUUCAGCCAUUUUCCACAGCAGCCAGUAAAAGUGAAAGCAAGGAGGAUGUUUUUGGGCUCGUGCCCUUUGAGGAAAUAACCGGGAGUCAGCAGCAGCAGCAAAAAGUCAAGCAGCGUAGCUUGCAGAAACUGUCCUCUCGCCAGAGGCGCACGAAGCAGGAUGUGUCGAAAAGCAACGGGAAGCGGCAUCACGGCACACCCACCAGCGCCAAGAAGCCCCUGAAGCCUCCCUACCGCACACCCGAGAGGGCCCGCAGGCACAAGAGGGUGGGCCGCAGAGACUCACAAAGCAGCAAUGAGUUCUUAACAAUUUCGGACUCCAAGGAGAACAUCAGCGUCGCGCUGACCGAUGGCAAAGACAGGGCCAGCGUCCUGCCACCCGAUGAGAGUCUGCUGGACCCUUUUGGUGCCAAGCCUUUUCAUCCUCCAGACUUGUGGCACCAGACCCAUCAGGGCCUAAGCGACAUCUGUGUGGAUCACACCGCCAUUCUGCCUGGGAGACCACGACAGAAUUCAGUACAUGGGUCAUUCCACAGCGCAGACGCAUUGAGAAUGGAUGACUUUGGUGCCGUGCCCUUUACAGAACUCGUGGUGCAGAGCGUCUCUCCGCAGCAGUCCCAGCCGGUGGAAUUAGACCCCUUCGGUGCUGCUCCAUUCCCUUCUAAACAGUAGACACUUCAGGUGGACUCAGCGAUACUCCUGUUCAAAAAAGUAUGAAUAGUUUUAUGAAUCUGGAAGAAAUGUAUUUGUAUAGUUGUUUAUAUCAUUCACUCACUCUCACAGGUUAAUCAGGAUAGGUGAUUUUUAAAUAAACCAAAUGGAAUUAUUUGUACAGGGUAGUAAGUUGAUGCCUUCUUCAAGCAGGAGAAGGCCUAAAUCGAAAGCCAAGGGCUUUUGCUACUGACAGCUCAGAGGUUCACCCGUGGGGCUUCCUGGGAAAGCUGGUGUGUACCGCUAGGGACAGGAGAGCCAUCACUUCGGAUAUCAAGAUGUCACGUAGGGGCACACCCUAGAUCCAGCAUUUGAAGCCAGGCAGGCUGACUGUUUCCACCCACGAGGGAAGAGUCUAGAGUGUGCUCUCCAUACACUUCUCUGUAAGGUAGAGCCACAAGAAACUGACUAUUGUGCCUAAAAAACUGUUGCAUUAAAAACAAAAAACCAAGUGCCAUUAACAAUGGACUCUGUGAUGAUAAGGAUAUGAAAUGAUGUAUAUAUUAGCUCAGUCUAGCCCUUCUACGGUGUAUAGAGCAAGACAUUACAUGGUAAUAUAUAUGCGGUUUUUAAUCUGUCAAGAAAAAAUUUUUACAAUGUGGAAUGCUUAAUAGAAGCCUAGAACAAAAAUAUAAAGAGAAAUAUCUGGCAUUUGAAAAAAAAAUGUAAAAGAAUGACACAUCAAAAAGAAAAGCACCAUCUGGUACUUGAGAAAUACUUUGUCUUUGAGUGGGUAUUUGCCAAAACCUUUAUCAUCAUGUCCCUACUGAAGUACCUUCAUAGAAAGGGGAGGGGCAGGGUAUAUAGAAAUUUAAUUUCAGAAACAAUGUAGCUGAAACUUUAAUUUUUUAAAGAAGUUUACAAUGUAAAAUCAUGUUGCAUUUACUGACACACUUUAUGACAGCACUUCCCUCCUCCAGCAGGGCAGAGUCCUGGGCUGCAGUUCCUUCCUUCAGGGUGAGAGGGGGCAGUUCUACUACAGUGCUCCAGCAGUGCCACCCAGUCCCUCAGCACUGACAGCCAGACCCUCAGUGGGUGGAAGAACUAGAUGGUGGGACUAGGAGCUUAAUUCUGCUACCCGAUUGCAUUGAUAGUGAAAAGAACUAAACUACCAAAUUGCCUUUAAAAUACAUCACCAGUCCUAAUGAGAAACUUGAAAUUUUGUAGUUGUGGUCAGUGGUAAUAGUUAUACAUCAGUUAAUGUGAAUGUACUGUCCGUGCUUCCUCUGUCUGUCCUAAGUUAUGAUUAGAUGUCUUUACAGAUGAGCAUUCGAAGUUUCUAGAUCAACAGCUAUUGCUAUUGGUAGCUGUGUUUUAACUUUGCCCCAGUUAGUGUCCCUUAAUAAGUAAUCUUCUUAAAACCUUAACUUUAGUGCCCACAGAGGACACAUCAUUUGCCUACUCUCAGAGUUCAGAACCUGGAAAGAAGUGAAACACAAAACCAAGCCGAGGUCCCUUUUUAUGGUUGUCUCCUCCUCUGCCAGCUCAGCCAGGGUAGUGUGGACAGGACAGGUCACGUCACACCGCCACCCAGAACAGGGCUGCACCACUUAAUGUCCUUGUGCCAAAGGCAGAGGCUGUGUUUGCACCUUUCUGUCUGGUUCUCAGGUUGAUUAUUCUCACUAAUGCAAAUGGCAGUAGGCCCUCUACGCUACCGAACAGAAAUGCUUUCCUCCUAAAGUAAUGAGUUGUGACUAUGAAGUCAGAGUUCCACUCGCCUUUCACUGCACUGAAUACUUAGAAGUGAUUCACUCGCAGCCCCUCCGGCUAAUGCUGGACAAAUCCUUAGGAAACAGCUGUGCCACAGCCUAAAAUGUUUACAUUGCCUCCAACAGCCCAGCGGGUGACGCGCCUCUCGAGACCAUCUCAUUGGACAGACUGUUUCACUGGAGGUCCAAGGGGCGGCUCCUUUGCGUUACAUUUUCUCUUGCACAAGAGAGCACUUAGCACCCAGCACCCAGCACCCAGCACCCAGCACUCACUGAAAGGCUGGCUCUGUUAUGGGACGGCCCAGUUCUGGUUUAAAGAAUGUCAUUUGGGUGUGCCUUGUGCUUCCCAGUGUGCAAAGCAGUUCUAACUAAACCUGUUAGACUUGAACAUCGAAGGGAAGUCACGUUAGGAACCCAGCUCGAAAGUCUGAGGCCAAAGGUGUCACCUAGAAGCUUUAACUGUGCUCAUUAACUUGGAAUCUUUUCUUAAAAAGUGGACUACUUGCUUUACUUUGAUCACGUCAGCAAAACGCUAGUAUUACCAGAGGAUCUUUCAGGGCACUUAAGAAAUGGAUCUACUAAGGCACAGACGUUCUCGGUAUGUAGUUGGAGAAAAGGACUACUCCAAGUUGGGUGAGAAUGGAACCGACCAGAAUUUUAAGCACUGAGUGCCCCUCCCCUGAGCUGUGUACCCUGGGCAUUUAUGAAGUCACGUGGCUCUCGGAUCUGCGCACCUUGCGAUCAGUCCUACCCUGUUUAACAGGGACUGACUACUCUCCUCUUCCUGACGGAAAAUACGAAGGUGGAGCCAGUCUUGGGUGUGCCUCCCUUGGGUUAUCCAGAUUUGGGCACUUCACUAAAGCACUGUCAGAAGGCGCACAUGUAUUAAUGUCACUACCUGUGGGGAGUUAGGUAUUAUCUGUUUAAUACAUGUAGAAUGCGCAGUGAACUCUGUCAUUCUUUUUCUUUUAUUUCUAAGCAAAACUAGUCAUCAAUUUACAUUCAGUUACUGAGUUGACAGUCUACUGAGUCUACUGAGAGAACAACAGAUGACUGUUGGAAAAAAUUUACACUCGGUGGUGUUCUCUACUAAGAUAAAAAGACACAGGCACAUCGAGGCUCUCCACUACGGAAUUAAUGUGAAUUUAAAAAGGCAAUCGUUUCUCUUAAGAGCAUUCACUCCUAGUGACGAAGUUUACAAAAGCCACUAAAAGGAAGAAGUAGAUGAAAAUACAGAGGGCUGGGUCUGGUUUAGGUUAUUUUUUUUUAAUUAAAGUUCACAGUGCUACAGGAAGACUGAUUUUAUUACUAUGUUCUUUUUGUGACUGAGAGAUCAUCCUAUACUAGAAGGAGUAAUUGCCACUUGUUCUUUCUUUUGCGGUGCUGGGAACUGAACCCAGGGCCUUGCACAUGCUGGGCAAGCGCUUUAGGGCUGAGCCACACCUCCAGCCUGGAAGAGCCCUUUAAUUGCUGGCAAACGGCUUUAAGUGCACUUUCUUUGAUUACACUUCCUUUUUUUUUUUUUUUUUGUUAAACUUGAAUUUUCUGAAGCCUUUUAUGUACCACUAAGCAAAUAACUUUAAUUUUUAAAUAAACUGGGUUUAUAUCCUUAGUUAUAUUUCUAAUUGUUAUAAGACAUACUUGCUAAAGUAACUUAAGCCCUCAAAUGUAGCCGGGAAGAGUUUGAGAUAGACUUCAGUUACUUUCCCUGUACCCAGUAAAGCACUAAUUUUGUUACCUUAUUGCCUUUACAUUGCUUAGUCUUGAAUUCUGUUCACUGUUUUGUUUGAGAUUUAAAGUUAUUUUCUUACUGUAUUUAUCAUACCUACUGUUUUAAUAAUCUGCCGUCUUUAAAUGCAAUAAAUCCCAAACGGAUCGCUUAUUCUUCAUAGCCAAUGCCUUUGGAGUUUUAUUAUUACUAUUUGUAUCAUUAAAAGUUUCAUCACAAA